CUCUCUUUCCUGAGCUACCUCUCUGUCCUGAGCUACCUCUCUGUCCUGAGCUACCUCUCUGUCCUGAGCUACCUCCUAAAUCAUGUGGGGGCCUUGGGGAGGAUUCUUAGGCCAAGGUCGUGGGCGAGGGUCGCCACUCAAAGGACGCUAAGGAGGGGGACAAAGACAGUGGUGGAGUGGUGUCCUCGUCCUGUGCCGGAGCCGCCACUGCGGACAGAUGCCCACCCAGACCCUCCUCUUGAGUUUUAGGGGUGCGUUCGGAGUCCGCACCUCAGGAGGGGGGUACUGUAACGUCCUGACCAGAGUUCUUAUGUGUUUUGCUUGUUUAGUGUUGGUCAGGACGUGAGCUGGGUGGGAAUUCUAUGUUGUGUGUCUAGUUUGUCUGUUUCUGUGUCCAGCCUAAUAUGGUUCUCAAUCAGAGGCAGCUGUCAAUCGUCGUCCCUGAUUGAGAAUCAUAUAUAGGUGGCUUGUUUUGUGUUGGGGAUUGUGGGUGGUUGUUUCCUGUCUUUGUGUUUUGUCUGCACCAGCUAGGACUGUGAUGGUUAGUUUGUUUUGUCAUUUUGUAUAGUGUCUUGUUUUGUGUUAAUUAAAUCAUGGAAAAUUACCACGCUGCACAUUGGUCCUCAGAUCCUUCUCGCCUCUCCUCGUCUGAGGAGGAGGACGACUUAGACUGCCGUUACAGAGGCACAAGGCAGGCACCAUUUAUUUUGUCAGAAAGCGGGAGAGCAUUGCUGAUGCUAAUGAAUGCAAUCAGAACAGAGUAUGAAAUUCUUCAACUUUUUUAAUGAUGAGAAGUGACGAUGAGAUUUUCUAAUUUCUAUAUUUGGGCCUGUAGGGAGAAUGUUCUUCUUGCUCUUGGUCUUCAAAGUGUAAUAGGCAGUAACGUUAGCCUUCAGGGUGGUAUGACGCUGUGAGUGACUGCCUCCCUGAAAUGUACUGUACUAAAGCUGUGUAAACAAAGAAUAAUAGCAUGAGCAGUAUACUGCAGUAUAGCAAACCCUCAAGCUGGUAAAUCACUAUGGUAAAACUGCUGUGAGGAGUAAUGUAUGAAAAGGUAAUACAUAACCAGUUUUAACGUAGGUUUGAUUCUAUCCUCCUCUGGUCUCUGUCUGGGAGUUGGUCUAAUGGGGUCAGUACUGUUAUUUAAAUGUGUUAGGCAUGAGUCAUCAACCUUAUUGUGAACAGUCUUGUAUGAGUAGAAUAAAGCUGUGCUGGACUGUAUUUACACUGAAUGACCAGCAGUUUUAUAACGUUAGCAAUGAGUGGCUCUCCUGGGUGUCAGUUUACUUAAGCCCACCCCAGCGUGAACACUGCUAUUAGAGCAGGAUUAAGACCUGCUACAAAAAACCCUGGCUACUACAUACACACACACACACACACACACACACACACACACACACACACACACACACACACACACACACACACACACACACACACACACACACACACACACACACACACACACACACACACACACACACACACACAUACACACCCCUUGCCCUGACUCCACUGCUCACACUGCAGUGGUUCUGAGGUGUGGGGAGUAAAGCACUAUUUGAAUACUGCAGGCUAAUUAAAUGUUAGUCGUUAAACCAUCCCUUGCUUGGCUGUUUUCACCCUGUAGAGAGAGAGAGAGAGAAAGGUAAAAGGGGGGGCGAUAGGGGACAGAUGGAGUGGGAGAGAGAGGAGAGACAAUAGGGAGACCUUCGGGAGUACGCCAUCACCACGAUCAAACCAAGCUGCUUGUAUUUGAAACAUGGACUAAUAGCUUUGCUGAGGAUUACAUUAUGACUAAAGUUGGCAGCCGACUCGUGCCUAUAUAGGGAUUGAAGGAGACUAACUAACUAAUUAAAAGUAUGAAAAGACAUGCUGAUUGUGAAUGACUUCCUUGGGUUCUGGUGGGACUACUGUUGAUCUCAAGCUGUUCAAGCAGUUCAUUUAAAAAAAGACGUGGCGAAGCAAAUCGGUUACUGAUUGCAAUGAAUACGCUCUGCAAGGCACGCCAGGAGAAAGCAAUUCUGUCUCACUAACAACACUCUGCCUGCCGGGGUCAGAGUGGAGAACAACACCACAGCUUUUAUUUGCUGUUAUGCUUUCCUUCUUUAAUCCAUGAUUAAAACCAAACCAAGUAAUAUACUGGCUGGCUGGCCAUCUGUACCUUGGCCUCGCAACUCCAGAACGUGUCACUGUUUCUAUGGUAACCCACUCUUGCCCUCAAAAGUUACACAGUGGAGAAUAUUUUUUUUUCUAAAAGAAGCAUCGAUCUUUCUUUAUUCUCUUUGUGCAUGCAUCCUUCCUUUUAUUUGUCUGCAGAGAGAGAGAUUGCUAAACAAAGUGUGACAUGGUUUUGGUCCUGCUGUACAUACCUACAUGUACACUACGGUCACAAGACACAGGCCUCCCUUAUGUCCAUAGAAUUUCUUAGCAAACAGCCGGAUGCAGGGCUUUCUCCUAUAGAGCUUCAUUUUUAUGGAAUGGUCUGCCUAUCCAUGUGAGAGACGCAGACUUGGUCUCAACCUUGAAGUCUUUUUUGAAGACUCAUCUCUUCAGUAGGUCCUAUAAUCAGCCUGGUCUCAGAGUAGUAAGUUGGUGGUUUGCGGAUAUCCUUUUAGUGGUGUUGGGGCUGUGCUUUGGCAAGGUGGGUGGGAUUAUAUCCUGCCUGGUUGGCCCUGACCGGGGGUAUCGUUGGACAGGGCCACGGUGUCUCCCGACCCCUCCUGUCUCAGCCUCCAGUAUCUAUGCUGAAAUAGUUUGUGUCGGGGGGCUAGGGUCAGUCUGUUAUAUCUGGUGUAAUUAUCCUGUCUUAUCUAGGACCAUGCCUCAGGACUACCUGGCCCGAUGACUCCUUGCUGUCCCCAGUCUACCUGGUCGCUGCUGCAGUUCCAACUGUUCUGCCUGCGGCUAUGGAACCUUGACCUGUUCACCGGACGUGCUACCUUGUCCCGGACCUGCUGUUUUCGACUCUGUCUCUCUACUGCACCUGCUGUCCCAAACUCUGAAUGCUUGGCUAUGAAAAGCCAACUGACAUUUACUCCUAAGGUGCUGACCUGUUCCACCCUCUACAACCACUGUGAUUAUUAUUAUUUGACCCUGCUGGUCAUCUAUGAACGUUUGAACAUCUUGGCCAUGUUCUGUUAUAAUCUCCACCCGGCACAGCCAGAAGAGGACUGACCACCCCUCAGAGCCUGGUUCCUCUCUAGGUUUCGUCCUAGGUUCUGGCCUUUCUAGGAAGUUUUUCAUAGCCACCGUGCUCCUACAUCUGCAUUGAUUGCUGUUUGGUGUUUUAGGCUGGGUUUCUGUAUAGCACUUUGUGACAUUGGCUGAUGUAAAAAGGGCUUUAUAAAUACAUUUGAUUGAUUGAGAGAUUGACUAACUAAACUUCCAUUGUUGAAUGUGCCAAACACACACAAGUUCCCUCGCAGGAAAAAAAAGCUUUAGUUGUAGAAGGGCCAAGAGACCAGAGUUGGCAGAAUGUGGUGCUAGAGUUGCAGUUGUCCAGACCGGAGAUGUCAUGUGCCUGGAUUAGGACCUGUGGCCCUUCCUCUGUGAGACAUGGUCAUACCCUACGAAUGUUGUAGAGCAUGAACAUGCAGGACCGAGUCACUGCUUUGAUGUUUGCAGAGAACAUGUUGUCCAGGGUCAUGUCAAGGCUUUUUUAACUCUGGGAGAGGGACACCGUGAAGUUGUCAACCAUGAUGGAGAGGUCUUUGAGCAGGCAGGCCUUCCCCAGGAGGAAGAGCAGCUUCUUCUUGUCUGUUGAGCUUGAAGUGGUAGGCCGACAUCCAAGCUGAGAUAUCUGCCAGGCACACAGAGAUGCAUGUCGCCACCUGAGUGUCACAAGGGGGAAGGAGAAAAGUAGUUGAGGAUCAUCCGCAUAGCAAUGAUAGGAGAUAUCAUGUGAGAAUAUGACAGAGCUGAGUGUCUUGGUGUAUAGAGAGGAGGAGAGUGCCUAGAACCAAGCCCUGGGUGACACCAUUUAUGAGAGUACGUGGUGCAGACACAGAUCCUCUCCACUACACCUGGUAGGAGCGGCCUGCCAGGUAGAAUGCAAUCCAAGAGUGUGCAGAACCUGAGACACCCAGCCCUGAGAGGGUGGAGAGGAGGAUCUGAUGGUUCACAGUGUCGAAGGCAACGGAGAGAUUUAGGAGGAUGAGAACAGAGGAGAGAGAGUCCGCUUUGGCAGUAUGAAGAGCCUGUGUGACACAGAGAAGAGCAGUCUCGGUUGAGUGACCCAUCUUGAAGCCUGACUGGUUAUGGUCAAGAACGUCGUUCUGAGAGCGAUAGCGAGAGAGAUGAUCAAAUACAGCAUGCUCAAGGGUUUUGAAAAGAAGGAAGGAAUACCGGUCUGUAGUUUGAGUCAGAGUGUUGGUUUCUUAAAAAGGGGAAUGACUGCCAGUAGUCAGGGAUAAGUUGAUGAGGAAAGUGAGGAAUGGGAUAAGGUCUCCAGGGAAGGGAAGAGGUGAUGGGGUCAAGUUGGCAGGUUCUUGGGUGGACGGACCUCGCUAGUCGCAAGAUUUAAUCUGCAGAGAGAGGUGAGAAUGAGGUCAAGGCGCAGGGUAGUUCUGUGUGAGAGUGAACAGUGGAUUCAAUAGGCUGAGUGAAUGAGGAGCAAAUGUCGUUAAACUUCUUUUCAAAGAGGUUGACAAAGUCGUCCGCAGAGAGGGAGGAGGGAAAGGGAGGGACGGAGGUUUAAGGAGGGAGGAGAAGGUGGAAAAUAGUUUUCUCGGUUAGAGACAGAAGGUUAUAAUUUAGAGUAAUACAAAGUGCAUACAGAGCAACAGAAGGUCGAGAGGAGGGAAUGGAAGGAUGAUAGGUCCUCUGGAAAUGUAGUUUCCCUCCAUUUUCGCUCAGCUGCCCGCAACCCUGUUCUGUAAGCAGUGAGACACUCAGCCAAUGUUUCAGGAGGGGAGGGCCAAGAUGGGUAGGAGGAAAGGGGACAGUGCGAGUCAUAGGAUGCGGGAAGCGAUGAGAGUAGGGUUGAAGAGGCAGAAUCAGGAGAGAGGAGGGAGAAGGAUUUAGCAGAAGGGAGAGAUGAUAGGAUAGAAGAGGAGAAAGUAGUGGGAGAGAGAGAGAGAGAGUGAAGAUUGCGACAUGGUGCAUGACCAUCUGGGUUGGGGCUGAGUGGCUAGGGUUGGAGGAAAGGAGACAGAGAAGGAAACAACAUGACCAUCUGGGUAGGGGCUGUGUGGCUAGGGUUGGAGGAAAGGGAGACAGAAAAGGAAAGUAGUGUGAAGGAUUAGUAGGCGAACAGCAUCUUGUAAAGAUGAGGUCAAGCAUAUUGCCAGCCUUGUAAGUGGGAGGGGACUGGCAAAGGGUGAGGUCAAAAUAGGCAAGAAGGGGAAACAGAGUUGGAAAGAAAUGACUUGAAGGCAGUCAAGAGGUUGGUCUCCAAGGUACGAGUGACAGUGACAGCAUGGAAUUCAAAUGAGGAGAUGGACAGGACCUAGUACGAGCCGGUGGUCAACUCCAAGGGAAGAGCCUCAGGUUGGUGACCUUGCUGACCUUGCUCCAUCCGCUCUCUCUGGUCUUCCACCUAGUUCUCUAGAUCUCCUGACAACACCACUCUCUCGACUCUUCCCGUUGACACGGCACUAUACCCAGGGGUGCUAACCCUGUCCACCUCCAUCUCUGGUUUCCUGGACCCACCGCUCCACCAGCAACCCUUCCCCUCCCUGAGCCGAGAUAUAGAUGUCUGUGCCCUCGGCCUUGGAGUUCCACUGGCAGAGCCUGGCUCGGCUGCCAAGCGGGCGUGUCUACCACUCCCUGGCGGAGGUAGGGGGGCAGAUGUACAUGCUGGGGGGCUGUGAUGCUGCAGGGAGGCCCUCCCCAGCCCUGGAACUCUACUCUCCAGAGGGAGACCAGUGGCUGAGCUUGCCCCCCAUGCCCACCCCUCGGGCGGGUGCGGCCGUGGCGGUGCUGGGCAAGCAGAUCCUGGUGGUGGGUGGUGUGGGGGAGGACCAGCGCCCUCUCAAGGUGGUGGAGGUGUACAACACAGAGGAGGGGAGGUGGAGGAAGAGGAGCGCCCUCAGAGAAGCACUGAUGGGGGUGGCCGUCACUGUAAAAGAUGGGCGUGCGUUGGCAGUGGGUGGUAUGGGUUCAGACCUGCUCCCUCGUAGUAUACUACAGCAGUAUGACCUGAGGAAGAAUGUGUGGGCACUACUGCCCCCUAUGCCCACACCGCGAUAUGAUGCUACAGCACACCUACUGGGCAACAAGAUCUACGUGGCAGGUGGGCGUCAGUGUAAGCGCACAUUGAAGGUCUUUGAGGUAUUUGAUUCAGAGACACGCUCCUGGAGUACACUACCCAACAUGCCGUGUAAACGUUCGUACGGUGGCGUGUUCUGGGACAGUUCGGGGAGGCUGUGUCUGCUGGGGGGGCUAAGGAAGGGAGGAGGCCACCAGAGCUCCAAGUUCACCAAGAAUGUCAACAUCUUUGAUACUAACCAGGGGUUGUGGUUGAAGUCAGAGGACACUGUGGCCAUGAAGACUAAGAGGGCUGACUUUGCCUCGUCUUUCCUCAGGGGCAGGAUGGUCGUAGCAGGAGGACUCGGUCACCAGCCUUCAGUUCUGGACACUGUGGAAGCCUUCCACCCUCAGAAGAGGAAGUGGGAGAGACUGGCUCCCAUGGCAAUGGCGCGAUGCUCUGCCUCGUCUAUCGUCAUCAGGGACCGCUUGCUGGUGGUGGGAGGAGUCAACCAGGUGCUGGAAUAUUGCUGUGCUUGUUGUCACACACACACACACACACACACACGUCAUUUACUAACUGUCUCUGUCUAACUGU